GCGUUACGGUACGUCACUCACGUUCUCAAAUCCGAUUCACAUCUGUCACCCUGAGAAUGAAUCAAAAAGUCAAUUUUUCGACCGAUUUGAAAAAUAAUCAGAGAAAAGGACGGACGAAGGUGAUGCACGGAGUUCCAACUUACGCGUCCUCAGACAUAUCCGAAUUAUUUGAACAACAGCCCGCAAGCCCUUCACGUUUUUGACAAUGCGUCAAAGUUGAGUCUGAAUAUGAGUUUGUAAAGUUCGCUUGCACAUACGUAGUUCAGUUCACGCCGUCAAAGCGACGUCGUAGCGACGACGCUUAUUUUUAUUUAUAAACAGUUACUCAUAACUGGUGGUUAUCAGCUGAUGAAUCCGAUGCACUUGAUGAACUUUGUUCGAAUCAAAACAGUCGAAAGGCAAGCAAUGCAAAUCGCAGUGGAAUAAGAGCGGUUGUAUGUCGGCUUUCGCAUAUAUCAGUGGUUACAAAUAAUCGCGCCGUAAAUUGUUUCAUCCUGUACGUUGGAUUGAUCAGAUUCGUCCUCAGAUUGGUUACAACAGGUCUGGGUACGACUGGCAAAUAGUUUUGCCCUGCCAAGACAGGCUACCUAUAUGAACCGUGCCUAUCCAACUGUUUACAAAAAUGGGAGGAGGUCCCAGUACUGGAAUAAAUAACGACGAGUUAGUGGAAUAUUUGUUAAGUUCUGGUUACAUUAGUAAGAAGAGGGUAGAACUGGUAUUCAGGGCAGUAGAUCGUGCCAACUAUAUAUUAUCCACACAUCAGGAAACUGCAUACAGAGAUCUUGCUUGGAAACAUGGAAAUCUCCACUUGUCCUCUCCCUGCGUCUACGGAGUCUCAAUGGAUUUCCUUCCAUUGAGACCUGGUAAAAGCUUCCUAAAUAUUGGUUCUGGAACCGGUUACUUCAGUACAAUGGCAGGUUUUCUACUAGGAGCAUAUGGUACAAAUCACGGCAUUGAGUUGCACGAGGACUGUAUACAAUAUGCAUAUGAUCGAUUGGAAGAGUUCAAACAGCAUUCUAAGGCUAUCGAAGAAUUUGAAUUCUGCGAGCCUACGUUUUUCAAAGGUAAUUGUUUAAGGGUCGAACCUACUCGGGAAUACGAUGUCGUUUACUGUGGAGCAGGUGUGUCAGAGAAUCACAUCGCCGCUAUUAAAAGAUUUGUAAGAGUUGGAGGAACUGUAGUGGUGCCUUAUAAGGGAUCUCUUUGUUGCUUGACCAGGACUGCAAAAAACAAUUGGCGAUGUAAAAGAAUCCUGGAAGUAUCAUUUGCUAUGCUAGCCAUACCCAAUGCAACGGAUCAGACUUCGAUAGUAUUACCGGGAAAUGAACCUCUGUCCCUCCAAGAACUCUGCCGGAACAGAGUUCGCCAAAUCCUUCGGCUGAGCGUUUGGAGGGAGCAUCCAGAACUUGCGAAGCGAGAUCUUUAUUCAGAGUGCCAGGACCCUGAGGAAGAAAAACUGAAGGUGAAUAAUUCUAAGGAGAUUGAUGAUGAUCAGGAACAAAUCGAUAAGGAAGAGGAAGAUCAUGACCAUAUGCGGCACAGCGAUGCCGAAGAGGAGGCAGACGAUGACGAGACUGAUGUAGACUUUAUAAGGCAGAUGCAGGUUCUGUUCAACAUGGAAGUGAGAAAUAGCGAGUUGAAGUGUAAGCGGCCGCGAAGAUACACCAAAUUUGCACAAUGGGGCAAUACUGCGGAUAGACAUUGCACUCGGGCCCAAGCGAUUAGAAUGAAAAAAGAGUCUUUGCUAACAAACAAACACCUGGCUCGCCGAUUCAUAACCCAGGUCUAUAAUGAUGGUGCUAAUUCAUCGGGACAGGAUGGUACUGCCGGCACCUCGAGUACGCAAAACAUGGAUCUGAGCCCGAACGUUCCCCUCGAUUUCUCUGCCAAUGAAUCUCAAGAUGAGAGCCUAUUCCGAGUUCUAUAUGACGGCGAACCCGGCGAUGCGGAGGCAUGCGAAAUAGACGUUGACAACGACACCGAAAGCAGCAGCGAUAGUGAGAGCGAAAGCGAAAGCAGCUGCGAAAGCGAAGAGGAACUUCCGCCACAGAUGAUGAACGUAGUCAGGGAGGAAGAUACCGAUAGGGCAAACAAUGACGUCAACGCUAUUUGUGAGGACACGCGCUCCAGCUCUUCAACCUGUUGUCAUUCCGACACAUCAAGCACCAUGACCGGAGCAAUUUUUGAGAAUUUCGGCAGAAAUGAAAGCGCAUAUACGGAGGGAAAUAUCUUCGUUGAAUUUAUGAGAAAAAAAAUUCAACAACUCCCUUUGCCAGAUAUACUGAAGCUGUACAUAAAUCACAACCGGACUUUGUAAAUAAUAUAUGUAAACAACUCCAUUACUUGAAUAAAAUUAUACGUUUCUAA